UUCUUUGCGCUGUUUGCCCUCGCUCUGGUUUUCUCGCAUUCACGAUCUCUCGCAUUCUUAAUCAUUUCCUCGGUUCACUCUCACUCGGUCCCCCCACUCAAUCCUUCACUUUCUCUAGUCCAAUUAAUUUUUAUCUUUCACUCUCUCCCUCCCUCUCUCUCCCUUUCGAUCACUCGCCUUUUCACUCUCUUGGACUCUUGGUCUAUUGCUUUAUUUCGUGCUGAUUCUCCCUUGCUUUCGCUUUCGCUUUCUCCCCUUCAUUCACUCCUUUUCAAUCAAUCCAUCACUUUCUCGUUCAAUUAAUCGUUCACUUUCACUAACUCUCACUCCCACACUCUCUCGUUCUCUUUCGAUCACUUUCGCUUUUUACCGCUUACAUACAUUGUCUUGCUCUUUCUUACCGUCGGUCUAUUGCUUUCUGCCCUGUUCCUUGCUGUUACUCUCAUUCUGUUCCGUCUUCUAAAUCAUUUCCUCCUUCAUCACUCUCACUUGGUCCCUCACCCACUCUUUCAGUCAUUCAUUCACUCUCGUUCAAUUAAUCCUUCACUUUCACUCUUUUCAUCGCCUUUUUACGCUUUCAUGCAUUGUCUUACUCUAUGUCUAUUCGCUUUCUCUUUCAUUCUGUUCCUCGUCUUCUCAAUCGCUUCCUCAGCUCAUCACUCAGUUCCUCACUCACUCUUUCAAUCAAUCCAUCACUUUCUCUCCAAUUAUUCUUUCACUUUCACUCUUCCUCUCGCGUUUCUUAAUCUCACUCACGUUCUCUCACGUUCUUUCCAUUGAUCCUAGUUCUUGUUCACUCAUUUCCCCCCUCAUUCUGUUUCUCGCUCUCUCAAUCAUUCCCUCAGUUCAUCCCUCAAUCGAUCUCUCAAUCAGUCUCACUCGGUUCCUCACUCACUCUUUCAGUCAAUCCAUCAAUUUCUCUCCUCCAAUUAUUCUUUCACUCUCACUCACGUUCUUUCCAUUGAUCCUAGUUCUUGUUCCCUCAUUUCCCCCCUCAUUCUGUUUCUCGCUCUCUCAAUCAUUCCCUCAGUUCAUCCCUCAAUCGAUCUCUCAAUCAGUCUCACUCGGUUCCUCACUCACUCUUUCAGUCAAUCCAUCAAUUUCUCUCCUCCAAUUAUUCUUUCACUCUCACUCACGUUCUUUCCAUUGAUCCUAGUUCUUGUUCCCUCAUUUCCCCCCUCAUUCUGUUUCUCGCUCUCUCAAUCAUUCCCUCAGUUCAUCCCUCAAUCGAUCUCUCAAUCAGUCUCACUCGGUUCCUCACUCACUCACUUUUUCAGUCAAUCCAUCACUUUCUCUCCAAAUAUUCUUUCACUUUUACUCUUCCUCUCGCGUUUCUUACUCUCACUCAUGUUCUCUCACGCUCUUUCCAUUGGCCCUAGUUCUCUCGUUCCCUCAUUUUUCUUUUCAUUCUGUUUCUCGCUCUCUCAAUCAUUCCCUCAGUUCAUCCCUCAAUCGGUCUCUCAAUCAGUCUCACUUGGUUUCUCACUCACUCUUUCAGUCAAUCCAUCACUUUCUCUCCUCCAAUUAUUCUUUCACUCUCUCACGUUCUCUCACGUUCUUUCCAUUGAUCCUAGUUUUUGUUCCCUCAUGUCCCCCUUCAUUCUGUUUCUCGCUCUCAAUCAUUCCCUCAGUUCAUCACUCAAUCGGUCUCUCAAUCGGUCCCUCAAUCGAUCUCUCAGUCUCACUCGGUUCCUCACUCACUCACUCUUUCAGUCAAUCUAUCACUUUCUCUCCUCCAAUUAUUCUUUCACUCUCUCACGUUCUCUCACGUUCUUUUCAUUGAUCCUAGUUCUUGUUCCCUCAUUUCCCCCUUCAUUCUGUUUCUCGCUCUCUCAAUCAUUCCCUCAGUUCAUCCCUCAAUCGAUCUCUCAAUCAGUCUCACUCGAUUCCUCACUCUUUCAAUCAAUCAGUCAAUCCAUCACUCUCUCCAAAUAUUCUUUCACUUUCACUCUCUUCCUCGCGUUUCUUACUCUCACUCAUGUUCUCUCACGCUCUUUCCAUUGGCCCUAGUUCUCUCGUUCCCUCAUGUUUCGCUUCAUUCUGUUUCUCGCUCUCUCAAUCAUUCCCUCAGUUCAUCCCUCAAUCGAUCUCUCAAUCAGUCUCACUCGGUUCCUCACUCAAUCUUUCAGUCAAUCUAUCACUUUCUCUCCUCCAAUUAUUCUUUCACUCUCACUCACGUUCUCUCACGUUCUUUCCAUUGAUCCUAGUUCUUGUUCACUCAUUUCACCCCUCAUUCUGUUUCUCGCUCUCUCAAUCAUUCCCUCAGUUCAUCCCUCAAUCGAUCUCUCAAUCAGUCUCACUCGGUUCCUCACUCACUCUUUCAGUCAAUCCAUCACUUUCUCUCCUCCAAUUAUUCUUUCACUCUCACUCACGUUCUCUCACGUUCUUUCCAUUGAUCCUAGUUCUUGCUCCCUCAUUUCCCCCUUCAUUCUGUUUCUCGCUCUCUCAAUCAUUACCUCAGUUCAUCACUCAAUCGGUCUCUCAAUCGGUCCCUCAAUCGAUCUCUCAAUCAGUCUCACUCGGUUCCUCACUCACUCACUUUUUCAGUCAAUCCAUCACUUUCUCUCCAAAUAUUCUUUCACUUUUACUCUUCCUCUCGCGUUUCUUACUCUCACUCAUGUUCUCUCACGCUCUUUCCAUUGGCCCUAGUUCUCUCGUUCCCUCAUUUUUCGCUUCAUUUUGUUUCUCGCUCUCUCAAUCAUUCCCUCAGUUCAUCCCGCAAUCGAUCUCUCAAUCAGUCUCACUUGGUUUCUCACUCACUCUUUCAGUCAAUCUAUCACUUUCUCUCCUCCAAUUAUUCUUUCACUCUCUCACGUUAUCUCACGUUCUUUUCAUUGAUCCUAGUUCUUGUUCCCUCAUUUUCCCCUUCAUUCUGUUUCUCGCUCUCUCAAUCAUUACCUCAGUUCAUCACUCAAUCGGUCUCUCAAUCGGUCCCUCAAUCGAUCUCUCAGUCUCACUCGGUUCCUCACUCACUCACUUUUUCAGUCAAUCCAUCACUUUCUCUCCAAAUAUUCUUUCACUUUUACUCUUCCUCUCGCGUUUCUUACUCUCACUCAUGUUCUCUCACGCUCUUUCCAUUGGCCCUAGUUCUCUCGUUCCCUCAUUUUUCGCUUCAUUCUGUUUCUCGCUCUCUCAAUCAUUCCCUCAGUUCAUCCCUCAAUCGAUCUCUCAAUCAGUCUCACUCGGUUCCUCACUUAUUCUUUCAGUCAAUCUAUCACUUUCUCUCCUCCAAUUAUUCUUUCACUCUCACUCACGUUCUCUCACGUUCUUUUUAUUGAUCCUAGUUCUUGUUCCCUCAUUUUCCCCUUCAUUCUGUUUCGCACUCUCUCAAUCAUUCCCUCAGAUCAUCACUCAAUCGGUCUCUCAAUCGGUCUUACUCGGUUCCUCACUCAUUCACUCUCUCUGUCUCUCUUAUCCUUCACCUUCACUUUACCUAUCAUACUCAUUCGAUCACUCGCUUUUUAAACUUUCAUUCUCUUGCUCUGGUGUUCUGUUGCUUACGCUUACGUUUUCUAGAAAUCGUUCUCUCAUGUUCCCUUUUAUGAUGUUUCUGGUCCAAUCUCUUUUCUUCUACUCUAUGUGCUCUCACUCAUUUUCCAUUCACUUUCUAGCUGUAUUAGUUUCGCUCAUACUCUCUCGCUUUCACUCGUUAUCUUGCAUUCUCUCCCUGUUCCGCUUAAUCUCUCUCUUCCUUUCAUUCUCAUAUUCUCAUUGUCUCACCCGGCUACAUUUAUUCUUCCUUGCUCAUUCUUUAUCCCACUCUCACCGUCACUCACACUCACUUUUGCUCUCUCAUUUCUCAGUCUUAGUACUUUAUUUUCACACAUUCUCUCAUUGUUCCAUUCUUUCUGUUUUUGACUGUCCGUUUCUGUCUCACUCAUUCUCUACCCUCACUUUCAUUCUGUGAAUCAUUCUACCUCCCUCAUUCUCACCCUUGCUCAUAGUCUCUCCCGCGCUCAUUCUCUCUUCAAUCCACCAAACAAUUUCAGUCAAUGUCUCUUGCAAUCGGAUAAACCCAUUAUUCCUAGGAAUUUAGAAAAAUUAAAUAUAUUUCAUAGAUUUCUUUUCAACGAUAUUAAACAUUCUGGAACUCACACCUUCACCUCCACCUUUGGCUGCCUAAAUUAAAUAAAUAGUAAUUAACUCAUUCACAUUCCUUCGUCCUUUAGUCGGCUAUGCUGCAAUCCCUUAAAUGUUUGCGCAUAAAGUUUAUUGCAACGUUAAUUGUGCAAAUUAAGCUUAAAAAAAUUUGCAACACAAACUGGCCAGCAAUAGCAACACGAAAACCACAUGCCAACACUUAUUGCCAACCGCGAAGCGGCUGCUGUUCAGGACGAGGCUUAAUUAUAAGCAAAAUGCAUAAAGGACGCAGAGUCCAAAGUGCAACCCAGGAGGCCGGGCGGCCGGUUGGCCUGCAGGCAGGCAGGCAGGCUCUGUGGUCACUGAGCUGGACAGACUCUAGCCAUGGCUCCGUCUCUUUCCUUCAUUCUAGUCAUAUUAUGCACACGUUCUGCAGUCUCACACACACACACACAUUCACACUUGCAACGAGCAAAGGACUCGCUGUGCGUGCUGCUAAAAGUUGAGCGCAGCGAAAAGUUUUUCGGGCCAAGCUUUACGCUGCUUUGUGUCAAAACAAGCCGCCAACAAUAACAACUCUCGCAUUGCAACAAUAAUAAUAACAAGCCAAAAGGGUGACAACUUAUAGGGGAACACUCGUCGAUACCCUGCAAUCAGAUUAGUUGCUUAUGAAGGUAGACAGAACUAGCGCCAUGAUGGUUAUAGACUGGAAAAUUUGAGUAAAGGUUGUGCUUUGA